CAGGAAAACUCAAACGUGGAGAACAUUGAUCCAUAUAAAUAGAUUAAUGACAUGUUGGCUUCAUUAUCUUACGCAUUCCCUCCAUUCUCAAUGUCGCAAGUCAUCAAUAAAAGGAAUACAUAAAGAUUCAACAUGUCUUAUCAUCACUCAAGUCUAAUUGUAGAGACUGAGAAGUUUGAUUCAUUUUCAAUACAUGAUGAAGAAGCAACUACAAUUGAUGUGAAUGCAAAGUUGCCUGAAGAUUUAUUGGCACUAAUCCUAUCAUAUCUCCCAAUUCCAUGCAUUUUUAGAGCAGGUUGUGUCUGCACAAGUUGGCAUAGAAUUGUAAACUCAAAGAGGUUUUUAUGGAACCUUUCAGAUCAACCUCUACCAAAGAAGCCUUGGUACUUUAUGUUCAAAAGCUCUAAUGACUCAACUGGUUAUGCUUUUGAUCCUGAUUUUAAGAAAUGGUAUGACAUUUCACUUCCUUCAAUCAACACUUCUACUUGGUCCAUUGCUUCAUCAUAUGGCAUGAUUUGUUUCAUGGACAAUAACAGAAGCAAUGUAUUUGUCUGCAAUCCUAUUACCAAAAGCUACAAGAAGCUUGUGAAGCCUACAGGUUUGGAACAUUUUGAUUAUACUGCAUUAUCAAUCUCAGUAAACAAAGAAUCUCAUAGUUAUAUUGUGGCAAUUGUGAAAUCCAAGCAUGUUGAUGAGGACUAUUCACAGUAUGAUACAUCAGUAUAUUUAUAUGAUUCAGAAAAGGUAACUUGGGUGAUGGCCUUAACUGAUGUUUUGAUAGGGUGGAGAGUUGGUGAAGUGAGUGUAAUAUGUGAUGGUGUGUUAUACUUUUUAGUUUAUUCAACUAGGAUUGGUGCUGUUGAAAAUCGACAUUCCCUCGUUGCAUAUGAUAUGUCGAAUGAUUCUUCGCAAUGUAGUUUAACAACUGGAUUAAUUUCGAUACCUUAUUCUUUAACUUGCGGUCGGUUGAUGAAUUUGAAGGAGAAACUUGUUAUGGUGGGAGGAAUUAGUAAACAAGGCUAUCCUGAGAUUGUAAAAGAAAUUGUUAUUUUGGUUCUAAAUGGUGAUGAGUGGGAAGAGAUUGCGCGAAUGCCUCGAAAAUACUUGGAAAGUUUUAGAGAAUUUGAUGAUGUUUUUGCUUGCAGUGGUGCAGAUGAUUUGAUUUAUAUUCAAAGUUAUGGAGAUCCAAAGCUUCUUAUGUAUGACAUGAACCUUAGACAAUGGAAAUGGUCACAGAAGUACCCUGUCACAAAAAGGUUGCAUCUGCAAACGUUUACUGGUUUUUGCUUUGAACCAAGACUUGAAGUUGAUCCAUAGUUCUUCAUAAAAUCAAAUCAUGUUGUUGAGACUUUUGUUUAAGGUUUCUGUUUAUUUUAGUUAAGUUUUAAUAUCAUACAAAAUGAACUUGAUGAUAAAUUUGCAUAUCCAUAGAUACAACUAGAACAUUAUUAGUAGCAUUUGAAUAUGCCAAACUGCAAUUUUAUUUUUACCUUAUCAUAUUCUCUCUGUUCUUGCCCUUUUGUGCUAAUAUGAAUCGUUACCUUUGUUUAUCUUAAGGCUCUUUGAUGAUUA